AUGAUGUCAUCGAUGGCAAAGUUGAACGGAAAGGAUCGGGCUACAGCCUCUUGUCUCACUCCAGUGUCCACUACGAACGGUGAAGUAAAUCCAGCUGCGAACCGACUACACCCUUCAACACCGUUACUAGCUUCUGUGCCAAAAUCCAUCUCCGCCGGAUUAAUCCGUCGCAAAACAUCGGGAUCUGUUGGGGAGGUUAUCGAGAGGAAACAAACCGAUUUAGAACAAUCGAGAAGCUGUGAUGACGGAGCAGAAAGGUGGUUCUGUCCUUCAAAGCCAGGACAAGGACUUCGAAUCUGUGGAUUGCCAGUUAGAACCUUCUCCUCUCGUCGCCGCUCAGCCGUUUCGAGGUGCUCAUUGGCUCAUUUCUCUCGUUUUCGCAUCGCACUGCUGCCGCUGCUUCCGCCGCUACUGAAAGCCAGACAUCCCAUUCAGAUGAACAUGCCGUUCCUGGGUCAAUCGCCGCCAAGUGAAGCGCACUCGCAACACAACUUGAAUGCCAUCGGCGAAAUUCUUAACCGGAAAACCUCUGUUGCUCAAAUCAUGUCGAAGACCGUCGAAGGCCUAAACCACGCAUACGAGCUUCGGGAUUCGUGUCCAGAAGAUCUGAUUUUCGAUCUAUUCAAAAUGCCGAACAGAGAUGAGGCUAGCAUGAGUAAGCUCAUUAAGGUUCUAAAGUCGUUCGGUUUACGAGAGUCCGACCCUCGGCUCCGGAAUAUGAUGGAAAAAAUGAAAAGCUACGAAGACGACGAUGACGAUGCAAGAAAUUUUCUCUUGCCUAGGGAAAAAUUCAAAGAAUGCAUCCAUCCGUCAGUCCAACUUAUAUCGCAAGCGCUCCGCAACCACCUCAUCAUUCCUAGCUGGGGCGAAUUUUGUGGCCAGAUCAAAACGAUCUUCGAAGAGUGCAAAGCGAUCAAGGAUGGCAAUGUUGCAACGUACAUUCCUCAGCUAGCACGACAAAAUCCCGAGAUUUGGGGACUUUCCAUUUGCACAAUCGAUGGACAAAGAGUCUCAUUUGGUGAUUCCAAAGUGCCAUUCUGCGUGCAGAGUGUAUCCAAGGCAUUUAACUAUGCUAUCGUGUCAUCAGAUCUAGGAGCCGACUUUGUACAUUCAUAUGUAGGCCAUGAGCCUAGUGGGAGACUAUUCAACGAAAUUUGCCUGGAUUCAAAUGGGAAACCGCACAAUCCAUUAAUUAAUGCUGGUGCAAUUAUCGUAACAUCCCUCAUCCGAAAUCAUCUAACGAUGGCUGACCGGUUCGAUUUCGUCCUCAAUGAGUACAGGAAGCUGGCUGGUGGGGAGCAUGUUGGAUUCAACAAUGCUACGUUUCUCUCUGAAAGAGACACUGCUGAUCGGAACUAUGCCUUGUCCUACUAUAUGAAGGAGAACAAAUGCUUUCCUCCUGGUACACAGGGCCUUCGCGAAGAACUGGACCUUUAUUUCCAACUGUGUUCGUUAGAAAUUACCUGCGAAACUGCGGCCGUAAUGGCCGCCACUUUGGCGAACGGAGGUGUAUGUCCCCUCACCGAUGAAUUGUGUAUCCAGCCUCGCCCUUGUAGAGAUGUUCUUUCACUGAUGUAUUCUUGUGGAAUGUACGAUUUUUCAGGAAAAUUUGCAUUCCAGGUGGGUCUGCCGGCAAAGUCUGGAGUCUCAGGAGUGAUGAUUGUAGUUGUGCCAAAUCUAAUGGGAAUCGCUCUUUUUGCACCACCUUUGGAUAGGAUGGGCAACUCGACUAAAGGAGUCGCAUUUUGUCAGAAACUUAUUGACACUUUCAACUUCCAUAACUACGACAGUUUGCUGCAUGCGGAUUCAAAGAAACAUGAUCCCCGCCGACGGAUUGGCAAUCGCGAUACAGAACUUGUCGUCUCUCUUCUUUUUGCUGCUAAACAUGGCGACUUCGACGCUGUGCGACGGAUGUACCUGCAAGGAACCAAUCUUGAAAUGGCUGAUUACGAUGGAAGGACUGCUCUUCACGUUGCCGCUGCAGAAGGACACAUUCAUUUAGUUAAAUUCUUCGUGAACGUGGCGAAAGUGAACCACCAGCCGCGUGAUAGAUGGGGACGAACACCACUCGACGACGCACGAGCGUUCCAUCAUGAAGACUGUGUUCGUUUUCUACUCAAGCAGCAUGCUCGCGGACAAAGGAACAGUAUUUCAAUCGACGGGCCUGCAAGCGAAAACGGUUUCGACAGCGAAAGAGUUUCCAGUCCCUCUCCACACCACCACUACCCUAAAAGACAUACAGUUCCUGGAAAAGAUCCUUUAUUAAAUGGUCAGGCUGACGAGUCUUCCGGUGAGGACGAGCUAAACAGCAGUAUUGGUGUGAUGCUCAUCAACGAGAGUGAAGUCAUGGACAAAGUGUGCAAUGGUGUACGAAGAACGUUGCCUACGAUCAAGCUGCAGCGAGUUUCGGAAGCUGAUGACGAAAACUGCGCAUAA